AUUCAUCCUGAACGCUAUACUUCAUUGAUCACGGUCAGUUCAAUGAAAACAUGAAGACGUUACUGGCCACUGGUACUGUUGCAUUUGCCCUCGUAGCCGGUGCUGGUGCACACUGGAACUCCCAACCAUACCAACUUACCCUUCGACGGGAACCAAAUACUAGCUCAUGUGAAAUCGUGUCUUUCGGCGAGGCGCAGCUGCACAAGAGUCUCCCGCCAGCAACAUCAGGGCACAUCAUCAGGCAGCAGAAUGUUGUACCAUCUGCUGGAUCACUUGGGGCCAAGGAGAUAAUUCACUUUCUAUCACACAGCACCAACGAAUUGUGGCUUCGCGCACAGCUCGAGUGUUUGAAUGACCUAUCAUCUGUUGGACAAAGUGCACGCAAUGGCUUCCAGACCCAAGUGCCAUUUGGAGAUCAAGGGAUAUUGUAUGGUACAUUAUUAGAUGUUCCCAUCCCGCCGUUAGAAGUCGUCAGUCUUUUGCAAUCUGGGCAGUCAGACAACCGUAUCGAUCUUGCUUUCUUCUCCGACGGGUAUACAAUUCGUGAAAGAGACAAGUUUCUUGAUGAUGCAAUGCGUCUAGUCACCGACUUGUCAGCAAAUCAGACGUUUGCUACAGUCAGGCCUCUGUUGAACUUUUGGGCAGUAUUCUCACCUAGUCAAGAGAGCGGCGUGGGCGUCAAUGGGAAAGCUAAGAGGACUCCAUUUGGGUUAUACCGUGAUGGCACGGAGUUGAGGGGCUUAUACGCCAAUAAUUCCGAUGUUGCUCUAAUGGCCUGUGCGUCUAUCGGAAAUAAAUGUAACUAUGCAAUUCUCCUUGGCAAUGAUCCAUUAUAUGGUGGACUUGGCGGAGAAUACACGACAACCACUGCCUCCCUAGCAAAUGGGGCAUUGGUCCUUCGACACGAGAUUGGUCACUCCAUCAUCGACGUAGGCGAAGAAUAUGACGGAGGAUAUGCUUAUUUCGGUGUCAAUGCCGCCCACAAUCUCUCAGCCGUGACGUGGACACACUGGCUCGAGCACCAGGAAGAUGAUGACAUAUUCCGCGCCCAACGGUCCGUGAUGCCGAUGCAAGCAUAUCCGUGGACUCUGCUGAGUACAACCCAACCAUGGUCGAUUUCCUUCUUGUCAUCAGGAAAUUACGCACGUCAUCUGAUCAAAUUCUCGCUGUCUGGCCUCCCAGAUCGACGCGACUUGGAUAUUUUAUUCGAUGGGGUCGAUUUACACUGGGCGCCCAGAAAAGAUAUCGGAUUCGAUAGAUGGCACUAUGAUGUUUUUGAGGACACGUCAUUGAGCGCUGGCUCGCAUGAAAUCUCGUUUGUCUUGAAGAACAGCGCUCUCGAAGGAAGCGCGCAGUUAUGCAGCGUAGAGAUUCUGGAAUAUGGGACAGAAGCUGAAUUCAAUGCGACGUUUAAUCACUAUGGCAUGUUCCCGACAUUCAGUUUAGAUAAUGAGACGUCUUAUCGCCCGACGAAUGACGAUUGCCUCAUGCGCAGCGUCACCAAGCCCAACUUCUGCAAAGUGUGCUUGGAGGGCCUUUGGCUAUCGCUACUCAAACGUAUCGAUCUCAUCGAGGAAUUCAGGAUAACGUGCGAACGUGAUCACCACAGAUCCUUCAAGGUUGAUCUGGUUCCACUUGCUGAGUUUAGAGAAAGCCCUGUCUCCAGCGAGGAAAGCUACAGGAUCGCCUGGUCGAAGGACGGGAAAGUCCUUCCGCAGUUUGCUAAUAUGACACAUAUAGAUGUGAGUGAUGAGGUUGGGACGUAUCGUGUGGACGUUCAGUUCUUGACGGAGGAAGUGCGUGUAGAUAAGGAUGGACUGCUUUCAGCUAGUAGAUCAUUCACUGUUACUGAGACUUGCGCUUGAGGUUGUUAUGCAUGACAAAAAUACCACCUGACCCCGUGCCCAACGUCCCACAAGCAAUGUCAC